GCAGUGUUUUGGAAAUUAUCACUGGGACAGUUACAGUUUUAUUGCGGUUGGGGGAAAAUUGAGCCGGUAAACAGAGGCAUAACCAUCUCCGACCGACUAACUCGAGGCCAAGGUACAUGAAAGACCAUUUUUGAAGCAUAUUGAGGUUUGUUUUCCCUAGAAGUGUUCUGAAAUCGGAAAGCUACAGAAAACAAGUGUGGCACCGCCAACUCGUAUUCGCUGUGACAGAUCAUCAUUCUAAGACCACAAGACGAGGUUUAUCGACUAUGAAGGGAUACCUACGGGGCGGUGAAGUUAUAUUCCCGCUUAAUGUGCCCAACGUAACGACUGUCGGGAGAGAAGGAUGUGAUCUUACGAUUGAAUCUUGUAAUGUGGAACUGACUCACGCUGUCAUCGAACUCAACGAAGUAGAAAACUGUUUUGUUCUUCAAGAUUUAAAUACUGCACAAGGGACGUAUGUAAAUGAUUGUAGAGUACAGAAUGCUGCAGUGAGGCUAGCCCCUGGUGAUGUCAUCAGAUUUGGCUUCUCUGGAUUGCCUUAUGAAUUGGAAAUAGAAAAUGCACCACAGAUAAGUCACCCACCUGUACAACAAAGACCUGCCUGGAGCCAACCACUAUCAUCAGAUCCAACAAGUAUCUCCGCAUCACAGCUUCCUUAUUUGGCAACCACAGUAACACCUUCUGCUCCAUCAUCAUGGACACAACCAGCACCAGUCUUACCCAGACCACCACUUUCAUUGAGGACCAGGCCUGCAAGUGCAGGUUCUAGAAAGUCUAGUGUUAGCAGUACUCAGGGUAGUCAUCAUGUCAGUCCUGUAGAGAGUCCUAAAGUCCAGCACAGAACAAUUGGUGGAUGGACAAGUACAACAGGUGCACGUACAACUAUCACAUCAGCUGUUGGUGGCAGUCCUAUUACAAGACAAUCACCUAGCAAUGAACUUCUAGCUGUGUCUGAAAAGGAUCAGCGUCUACAACGCAUGGGUGAUGAACUUAGCCGAUUGGCUGUCUUUGAAUCUGAGUCCAAUCGUAAAGACGCUGUGAUCUCAACAUUGCGAGAUGAAAUUGAUCAGCUCCAGAAAAGCCUCUCAGAACAAAAUCAGCUGAGUAGCAAAGACAAUGAUGAUCUCCAACGCAAAUUUAUUGUGAUAGAGAGUGAAGUGGCUGCCAAGAAAUUAGAAAUCCAUGCCCUAAAAGAACAGAUGAGUAGAAUGAAAAUAGAAAGCCAAGAUCCCAAUGAGAAUCCUGCUAUCUUACGUAGUGUAGUGUUAGAACGUGAACGUGAAAUCACAAUGUUGAAACAAGAAAUGGAGCGUGGUAAAAAAGAGAAAGUAACGAGUCAAGGCUUAGUUGUUACAUUACAGCGAGAUGUAUCUAACAAGGAUUCUACCAUAAAUAGACUUAUGGGGGAAAUUGAAAGACUCAAAAAAGAAAUACGAGAAAAAGAUGUUGCCAUGGCAGCCAUGUCAGCUAAGAAACUGAAAGGUGCAGAGAAUACAAUCACUGAACAUGCUGAUACCAUGGAAACAUUCAAGAAUGAAAUUGAGCGUUUGAAACAGUUGUUGGAAGAACAUAAAUUGGUGGAGGUCAAGCUCAAAGCAGAAUUGGAACAUGCCAAGUCACAGUUCUUAGACAUGCAGCGCUCUGAGAGACUGGGAAAGGUUGACAUGGAACAAGUACAGAAAAGAUUGGAGAGAUUCAGAAAUCGUGUUGUUCAGCAGACUUUCUGUGCACCAGGAAUCAAGGCUCCUGACAACACAGAUAAAGUCUCUGAUGAUGAACUCAUUGAUACUAUCAAACUGUUAAUCGAUGAUCGCAGUGAAGCACGUAACAAAGUCCGAGAACUGAAAGACACUCUGAAAAUACAUGAUACAGCAAAGAAGGAUUCAAGUAAGAGUAUGAAAUCAAUGAAACAGCAUCUAGAAGCAGCAAAGACUCGUUUACAGGGUAAUCGUAACUCUAAUAUUAUAAAACAAGAAUUAAAACUGUUACAAUCCGUCCUAGGACAGUGA